ACGAGAGAUGGACCUGAGUCUCGGGGCUGGAUGCAGGACGCCGGCGAACGGGCUGUGCUGCGUCAACUGUCGGCCGUCGUCUGCCUUAAAUGAACAGUUGGCCCCGAGAGUCGCAUAAAAAACGUGGGUGGGGGGAUAAAAAGAAGCGUGCAUGCGCACCGUCAGAUGAACAGCAUCUGGCGUGCAACUCCGUCUCUUCCCGUCUCCAGCAGCUGGCGCGAAGUAAGAUGGGACGCCCCCAGCUCGGUGUAUCCCCGUUUGCGAUGUCAGGAUUGCACGCGUAACCCCCCCCCCCCAUCCCCUUUUGGAUCGAACGUCUUGUAUUUGAGUCGUGGUGAAAAAUGGCGACUGGAGCAGGCUGGCAGCCCGCUUACGGAACCUCGACGAGCGGUUCUAGCAGCGGCGGCGGAGCCAAAUACGUCCCAUCGUCCACAUCGAGCAUGUUUUACGACGCGAGUUUGACGCUGGAAUACACGCAAGACCUCCAUUUGAAGAUGAGUAAAAAGAUUGCGCAGUUGACCAAGGUUAUCUAUGCUCUCAACACCAAGAACGACGAGCACGAAGAAGAGAUUGAUUCAUUGAAGGAAGCCCACGAGGAUGAGGUGCAGCAUAUCGUGACAGAAACCCGAGACAAGAUUAUGCAGUACAAGAGCAAGAUGGUGGAUGAGGCCGAUCUGCGCCGGCGGCUGGCCAGUCUGGAGGAAUCUGUCGAAUUACAUGAACACAUGAAAAGACAGGCUCUUGCAGAGUUUGAGAUGUACAGACAAAGAAUGGAGGAUUCACAGCUCUGCAUUGAAGCCCAACACACACAGCGAGUGGUUUCCAUGAGCAGAGAGGUGGAGGAGAUGCGUCGGGAUUUUGAGGAGAAGCUGCGGGCAUUCAGCCAGGCUCAGGCCCAGUUUGAGGCGGAUAAGCGGCGAGCGCUGGAGGAGCUGAGGUCCAACCACCGCCAUGAGGUGGAGGAACUCCUAAACAACCAGCAGAACCAGAGCGCCACUUCCACCGAAGACCAGGAGAAAUUGGCUGAGCUCCAUAGACAAGAGGUGGAGUCUUUAAUGGAGAGGUUGGAAGAGCUGACCAAGGACAAGGUUCGGGUGGUUGAGGAGUACGAGGCCAAACUGGCCAAGGCUCAGGAGUACUACGAGCGGGAGCUGGAGGCCAUGACCAGGACGCACCAGCUCACCACCGAAAACCUGCUCGCCUGGAAAAGGACCGAGGUUGAACUUCGAAAAGAGUUCCAGGCGCAGGAGGCGGCACUGCAGCGCUCACUCUCAAAGCUGAGGAAUGAGCUUCAGAGGGCCCAGGAGGAGGCGCGAGAGAACCGGGACAAGACCAACAGACUGCAGACAUCACUGGUUAAUGCUGAGGGAACCAUCAAGAACCUGCACAAGCAGCUGGAAGAAGCCAUCCAGGAUGGUGAGAUUUGGGUGAUGCAGCUGAAAGACACCGAGUAUGAACUGGAGGGCUGCAGGGAACGAGUGCAGCAGCAAGCAACGGAAAUCCUCCACAAAGCUAGUCAGAUAGGCUCCCUACAAGCCACCCAGAUGGCCCACGAGGCAUCCAUCAAGAACCUGGACCAAGAGCAGGGUCGGCUGAAGGAGAAGAUUGGCAGGCUGGAGCAGGAGAGGGAGGCCCUGCUUAACCAGAACCAGGUGGCCGGCGAGCAGCACAAACAGCAAGUGCUGAAACUGGAGCAGUCUCUGCGUGAGGAGCACCAGGGCUACGAGAAAGAGCUCUCCAUACUAAGAGCUCACUAUGAGGAGGAGACGCGUCGCUACAAGGAGGCGCAGGUCAGGGCGUUGGAGGAAAUGGAGGAGAAACACCGAGCCAUGAGGGAGGAGGCUCAACAGGAGAAAGAGGAAGAGAAGAAGCUUCUUAUGAUGAAAAUGAGUCAGGAGUUUGAGAUAAAACGCCUGUCUCUGGAGGAGCAGCGAGACCGAGUGCAGCAGCAACUGGACAACUUGAAAGAGGAGCUCUCUGCCAAGCUCAACAUGGCCAAUCAAGAGGUGUCCCACCUGCAGGAGCUGGUGAGGGAGCGAGACCAGAAUGUGAGCUCAGCACAGAACCAGAUCACCUGCUUGAAAGAAACACAGGACAAGCUCAAGACAGAGCUGGACGCCACCAGAGCUCGGGUUCGCGAGACUAGCAACCUGCUAACAGAUCUGCAGGAGGAGAUUGAGACCCAGAAACAGCAGCAUGAAGCCCGAGUGAUGUCCAUCCGAACCGAGGAGAAGCAGAAGAUGGACAAGAUGGGAGACAACCUGGAACAAAAAUGGAGAGAAGCGCUUCGUGAAGAAGUGCGGUUGUUGAGGGAGGAGCUGAGCGAGGAAUAUGACGCCGACAAGCAGGCAGCCUUGACUCAACUGUCCCAGCAGAAGGAGCUGGAAAUGAUGGCCGCCAGGGAAGGCUGGCAGAGGAAGGUGGAGGACCUGCUCGAACAGAUCUCUCUGUUGAAGCAGUCUCUGGAGUUGCAGCUGUCCCAGUCGCAGUCGGCCCUCCAGCAGCUGCAAUCUCAGUUCAGCCAGGAGAGGGAGCUGCUCGGCCAGCAACUCAAAGAGAUGCAGAGAGAACAUCAGAGGAGGGAACAUCGACUACAAGAGGCUCACUGUUGCGCACUAAGCACGAUGGAGGAGGCUCGGCAGCACCAGAUCCGGGCCCUGGAGGAGCGUCUGAAGCAGGAGCAGAGGGAGGAGGUUCAUGCUCUGAAGGAGGCCCACAGGAGGACCUUGGACAUCCUCAGACAGCAGUCAGACCAAGAGCUGCAGACGCUGCGAUUUGAACUGGAAGACGAGGGCAAAGCCAAACUGGCGUCACUCCGUGCUGAGCUCAACCACCUCCACGCGACCGCCAUCGAGCAUCUAAAGCAGAUCCACCUGAAAGAAAAUUCGACUGCCAAACGGGAACUGGAGAAGGCCAUGGAGCAUAGCCGGCAGCAAGAGCAAGAGCUGCUGGUUCGUAUCUCAGACUUGCAGGCGGAUGUGUGUUCUCGAAACAACCGCAUCACAGAUCUGGACCAUGAGAUCCAUUCUUUGAACGAGACCAUUGACACCUUGACUCGUGAGCUAGAGUUGAAAGGCAAAGAGUUGCUUCGGGUCCGCAGUGAAGCUAAUCAUCAGAUAAGGGCUCAUGAGCAAGACUUUGCAAAGAGGCAAGAGAGGGAACUGGGAGAGCUCAGUGUGGUCCAUCACAGAGAGACUCAUAUCAUGUUGGCAGACUUCAACAAAGCUCAGGAGGUUCUCAAAGACAAGAUUACUGCAUUGCAAAUAAUUUUGGAGGGGACAGAAGAGAAGUUGAGGAACCGAGAGAGCCGACCUGAAGAUCUGCAUCUUAUCGCAGAGCUCCGUGAGAUGGUCACAGAGAGAGAGGCUUUGGUCAAAAAGCUGGUGGAUGAUAAAAAGUUUUAUCAGUUGGAGCUGGUCAACAGAGAGACGAGCUUCAGCAAGGUGUUCAACUCCAGUGCCAAUGUUGGGGUCAUCAACCCUCUUAUCAAGCCGAAACCAGGCAGCCAAUCAGAUCAACGCUUUGCCAGCUUUCCUAGCCAGUCAGCUCUCCGAUUCGUCAGCCCUCCCGCCGUGAGUCGUGCGAGCGAGGAAGCGGAGGGUCGGGAAGUGGAGGAGGUAGGACCGGGCCCAUUUGCGCCUCCCCACUCCCCCCUCCAACGCGCCCUCCCCCGGCUUAAGAAACCUGCGCCCAUCCUCCGUCCUCUCCCUCACAUCCCUCAGCAUCCGCCACCUUUUCCUCCUCAUCCCCUGCCAAAUCAUGCGCUUGCCCAUUCUCCUCAUCCUCAGGAGCCACAGCAUCAGGCAAGUUGUACGAGGUGAGAACUCAUGUGACUUGCUGCCUUGCGAUGAUGCGGCGGCCGUGUUUUGGUGCCCCGCUCCUGGUCACUAGCCACCUUCCAUUUUUGUUUUCUUUACAACCACCCCUUUCAUCCAUCACUUUGUUACCGUCAUCCCCAACCCUUAAACGAGGCCCCUUAUGCGGACUUACCUCAUUCUUGUCACGUAAUUCUUCAUUGGGAGGAAUCAGAGUUGAAAUGAGACAAAAAGGAACUCGCCCUUCUAACAAUGGAUUUGAAGAGAAAUUGUGAUCAUUUGAGAAAAAUCAUGACGUGAUAGCAACCAUUUUUGGAGUCAUUAUGCUUUUACUUUCUAAUUCUGUCCGUCAGAUGACCAUUAGAGCUUUGGAGGAACAGGCUUCAAAUCCCACUCUCAUUUUAGUUGCUAAGAAAAGGAGGCCAAGCUUACAAAUCAGUUCCAGUAGAAAUUCAAAUAGAAAGCAACAAUAGUGCACAGGCUGCAAAUGUCAGACUCUAGAUAACAUCUGUAAUAUGUUUCUCUCAGACUGGACCUAUGAGCAUCCAUUAUGGAAACUGUGAAGGACAAACUAAAAUCGGACUCAUCAGGACAAAAAUAAAUCUGAGUAAUAUUCACCUACAAAAAACAUAUAAGCAUAAACAAUGUUAAAUCUGCUAAACUACACUAUUUUGCAUCAGUAGGUUAUCCAGCUUUGCUCAUAGAUUUACACACCCUGGCAAUAUUUGUGAAACACUGACGAUCAUGGAGAAAAUGUUUCUUUUAUUUCGGAUUCGGGGGUCAAGUGAAGCCAUAUGGUAUGUAAUUUUGCGUGCCGUUUUAAAACUGCAAUGACAACUGAGAUGCCCCAAAUGGUCCUGAUCAGACGUUUAGCAACCCUUGAAUGUUUGUUCUACGCACACAGGUUUAAAUGGCAUAUAUGCUUCCAUGACUUUUUGAUUGUAAUUUGGCUUUAUAUAUAAAGAGGGUGGCCCGGUGGGCCAGUGGUUGGUGCGUCGACCUCACGGUGCAAAGGUACCGGGUUCAAUUCCAGCUCCGGCCUCCCUGUUUGGAGUUUGCAUGUUCUCCCCGGGCCUGCGUAGGUUUUCUCUGGGUUUUCCGGUUUCCUCCCACAUUCCAAAAACAUGCAUGGCAGGCUGAUUGAACACUCAAAAUUGUCCCUAGGUGUGAAUGUGAGCGUGGAUGAUUGUUCGUCUCUGUGUGCCCUGCGAUAUGCUGGCAACCGGUUCAGGGUGACUCCCGCCUACUGCCCGAAGACGGCUGGGAUAGGCUCCAGCACCCCUGAGACCCUUGUGAGGAUAAAUGGAUCGGAAAAUGGAGUGAUCGAUGUGUAUAAAGAGUCAAAACCAUUUUUGAACUCUUGAGAAAGCUCUGCACAUUUCUCUCAGGACCCUACCGAAAAUAAAUGUUCCUCAAAAUUACAAAGUGCACACACACGCACACAGAGUUACAAAUUUUGCCAGGGUACAUCCACUCAAGAGCACAAUUGCACGUGUGGACCUAUGUGUCUGUUUAUAAAUGUGCUUUGGUGGUGUGUCUUUUUGGCAUGUUUGUGUUGUUGGUGAUCCUGGAGGUAGACUUCCACACUGUGUGAGUGUGUGUGUGUGUUUUCAUAAAAGAAUGCAGUCACAUAUCAGCUUGGUGUAUGCUGUGCAUGUAACGCAGUGCUCCGAUACGACAACUGCGACCAAUCUGAAGAUGUGCGCGCAUGUCUAUGUUUGGCAAUAUUUAUCAAAGCGACACUGUGUCACCCCUCCCAGUCAUUUUAAUGGAUGUUUUUAUUCCCUCCUGUAGCCUUCAUGAGGCAAAUGCAGCGGCGUCAGACCACAAAGCAAUGGAGACAGGGAAAAGCAAAGAUUACACAAGCAAAAAAAGAGGCGCUGUAUGCUCACCACUUCUCUUUCUGAUGGCCAAAUGCAAUUCUGUUAAACGGGGACGCAAUGGGACAUGACUAAAUUUGGACAACGAUCAAUUGAAGAUUUUGCCAGAGUAGCAGAACUGUAAUGUAACUUCCAGUCAGGCCUCACAAAAGUUCACGGGACCGGAUAAGCUCAACAAGAAUAUUUCUCCUCAUUCUGUUAUUAGAGACUGGUUAAUAUCCAUUCGGAUCAGAAAAUACGAUCUGUUGGACGCGGCGAAAUCUGAGGUGAUAAACGGGAAUCUUUUCAGUGCCACUCUGCCCAAUUUUAGUUUGCUGUCUCAUUGCAUUGACUGCACAUUGAGUGCAACCUCUGAGCUCACUGUGAGGCACCUCAGCAGUCUGGGGAGGGGAAGUCAUUGACAAAGUGGCAUUUUUUAAACAUUUUAUAUUUUUUACAAUUAUAAUAUUUAUAGUGUACCAAACAACUGUUUUUCUAUGGUCUGCCAAAGGGCCAGAGACAUCUUGAGAAGAAGUUCUAUAGCUGAUAAUGUGGAUUGCUGUUGACCUUUUCUGAAGUGUUUCAGGCUUUAAUCGAUCAGGUUCCACAGAAGGCACGUUGAACUUGUUUACUAUGUGUCUCAUGUCUGCACUCCAGGCCAUAGAGCAUGCGAAAACAGAAACACUCUUAUAAUGCUGCUGUUGCUCACUUGAAAUGUCUCUUUUUUUCUUGGUGUACUAUCCACUUAAAAAAAAAAAAAACAACACUUGAAGGUUUCCACUGUUCUUGUGCGUCUUUUUGUGUGCAAGUCCAUGACGUCCAUAACAGUAUCCUGCACAGUUUCCAACUGCAUGAUCAUCAUGUACCCGGGCGAUUCGUUUUAUUGUUAUUACGGGAAGAGAAGUGAGUCAUCUAGAAAGGAGGAAAAGAAAAUGAUUCCAUUUAGAAUUGGCAUCGUUCCAUGUGCAAAAGAUCACACAGUGACUUAUGAUCUGAGUGAUGUGAAUUUUGAGUGCAAUCUGGUGGUGAACUUUCAGAUUGCAGGAAGAUGAUUCCCCAUCACUGCCACACUCCCUCUCAAUAUCAUCAGAUCACGUUUUAUGUUCAACUUGUUUUGCCUGCACCAGCAACGAUCACCUCAUCUCCUGUUUUCUUCCACACUCAGUUACUCAUUGUACCUUGAAGGGCACAAUGGCUUUAAACGUGAAUCUGUCUGUAACUUUUUGUUCCUAUAAAGGGCGCCUGAGAGUCCAAUAAUUAGCCAUAUCCAUUCUGGAGUGUGGUCAUUUUGGUUGCACCUUGAGGGACAGAAAUGGACAUUCACCGUCACCCUUUUUCUGACCCUGUACAGCUUCAGUCUGGCACACUUUUGGGGUUUCCCCUUUCUGUAGCAAAGUAGCAACAAGCCCGAGAGAGAUCUGAAAGGUUUCCUCAUAAGCUUAAAAAAAUGGAUAUGAGAAUGUAUCUGUUGUGAUGGUCCUGGUGUCAUUUUGGACAUUGAACCACUCAUUCUGAGCAUGUUACUGAGCAUUGUCAUGCUUAUCAAAAACAUUAUUUUAGUCUGAACUUUCGGUGCAAUCGAGAACAACACAACGAAUACAGAAGAUUGUAUUGUGUCCUACACCCCAACGCUGAACCACAAUUGUUUGGUUCCACUUUGCACACUGUGAUGACAGCAACUGAGCUGUGACGACAUUUCUCAUUUUGUUCCUGAGGGAUGACUACUUUGCAUCGAAUUGCUCUGAAUUUUUUAUUUUCCUUUUCCGCCUGGAUGGAAAUUUAACCAUUUGUCUUCUGAGCAUUGUUGACUUUGUUCAGACCAAGAAGCACAUGAAACAUUUUGUACAUACAUGUAAUCUUCUGUUGUGGUCAAAUGUUUUCAGAUCUUCACAAAUGUCCCAACCUCGAAACAUACACUGACUGUACGAGUUAGGAAAGAUCAAGUUUCACUGUUACACUUCGGAUUUUGUCUUUGGUUUUCAAAAUAUUUACUUACCCCGAUUUUUUUUUCUGCGCUAGUUGACAUCCAUCGCCUUCCGGUUGAAGGCACUGUCAUUGUGAUAUAACGUUUCUUCCAACAAGCUAACUCGGUAACACUUUAAGCGAACAUUCUUUCACUUGCCUUUGAAUAUAUACAGUACGCUGUAUUUACCUGUGGAAGCAUUCGACGCUGGGUCCCGUGAAAGUCUUCUGAAAAUGGAACAGCUGAGGUGCGACUCAAGGAAAAUGAUCGAACACUGCCACUGGUUGGCCGCCCCUGAACCAUUAAGAGCGACUCCUUUGGAUAAUUGGCGUCUUUUAUUUGUGUGGUGUUAUACAAAGUGCGGUCCAAGGCUUGCUUCCAUUCACUUUCAACUCCUUGUUGUCAAACUGCAAAAAUGUGGUGAUUAUGGUCAUUGUCACGACUCAACCCGACAUUGGUCCUGAGACAUCUGCCCAAGUUUGCAUUUUGAGCUGAGUUGAAAGUGGAUCGUCCAUGUGACUUAUAUGUUUGUUUGUCUCGAUGUAAAUGUACUACGAUUAUAACAAUGUUUAUAUUUAUAUCAUUUCUGUUGUAUGUUAUCAAACAGUAAAACAAUGAUUGUGA